ACUACUUUUUGCAUGUCGUGCUAUAACAAAAUAUAGGAUUAUAUUAGCAAAAAGUUAGAUCAAACUGUGGCUAUGGAAAAGUUACUCAUGAAUCAUGAGCAAAACAAAUUCUAAGAUUAAACAAAUGCAUAAUAUUAUUAGAGAGUAGCGUUUCCAAGUGUAAAGCCAAUUUCCAUGCUCCUUUCCGCUAAUAUCGCUUAAAGACAGAAGAGAAGCUUAUAAAAGCAGCCUAUUGGCUUCAAAGCUUUCAUGAAGUUUGGUUGCAUUAAAAAAAAACCCCUGCCUGAGUGACUUUUAAAACUCCUGAAUGAAAAGAAAGUCCAGUUUCAGCGAACGUAGAACUUCAUAAGAAGCAGAGAUAUCUGAUUCAAAUUGCUUAGAAUCAGCUAAGCAAAUUCCACACAAGCACACUCACACACACAGAGAUUGAGUGAGUCAGUCCCCAUGCCUGACUCAAAGCUAAUUGUUUGUUCUCUUCCGUCCAUCCUAGCUCUACUUCUGAUCUUCAUUCUCGUCAAACGAAAGAAAAGCAGACUCAAUCUCCCACCAGGCAACACGGGCUGGCCUUUUCUUGGUGAAACUAUUGGCUAUCUUAAGCCUUACUCUGCUACUUCAAUUGGAAACUUCAUGGAGCAACACAUAUCAAGGUAUGGAAAAAUUUUUAAGUCUAACUUGUUUGGAGAGCCAACAAUAGUUUCGGCAGAUGCUGGGCUAAAUAGAUUCAUCUUACAAAACGAAGGAAGAUUAUUUGAAUGCAGCUAUCCUAGAAGCAUAGGUGGAAUUCUAGGAAAAUGGUCUAUGUUGGUAUUAGUUGGAGACAUGCAUAGAGACAUGAGGAGUAUCUCUCUCAACUUCUUGAGCCACGCCAGGCUUAGAACCCAUCUAUUGAGAGAGGUGGAGAAGCAUACCUUGCUUGUACUCAGCUCCUGGAAAGAGAAUUCUGUAUUUUCAGCACAAGAUGAAGCCAAGAAGUUUACCUUCAAUUUAAUGGCAAAACAUAUCAUGAGCAUGGAUCCUGGAGUUCCUGAGACUGAGCAGCUUAAGAAAGAAUAUGUUACCUUUAUGAAAGGAGUGGUGUCUGCUCCUUUGAAUUUUCCUGGGACUGCAUAUAGAAGGGCCUUACAGUCUCGAUCAACUAUCCUGAAGUUUAUUGAGCACAAAAUGGAAGAUAGAAUAGAGAAAAUGACGGAGGGGAGAGAAACUUUGGAUGAUGAUGAUCUUCUUGGAUGGGUCUUGAAGCAUUCUAAUCUUUCCACUGAACAAAUUCUUGACUUGAUUCUGAGUUUACUCUUUGCUGGCCAUGAAACUUCAUCAGUAGCCAUAGCUUUAGCUAUAUACUUCUUGCAAGGUUGUCCUAAUGCUAUUCAACAACUAAGAGAAGAGCACCAAGAAAUUGCAAGUGCCAAGAAGCAAUUAGGAGAAACUGAAUUGAAUUGGGAUGACUACAAGAAAAUGGAAUUCACACAAUGUGUUAUUAGUGAGACACUGAGGCUUGGUAACGUAGUGAGGUUUCUCCACAGAAAGGCAUUAAAAGAUGUUCGUUAUAGAGGUUAUGACAUUCCAUGUGGAUGGAAAGUGCUUCCGGUGAUAUCAGCCGUGCAUUUGGAUCCUUCACUUUUUCCCCAGCCUCAACAAUUCGAUCCAUGGAGAUGGCAGAAAAAUGCGACGCAGGGAUCUUCAUCAUCUGGUUGCCCUAGCAUGACAAGUAGUAAUAACUUCUUGCCAUUUGGGGGCGGACCGCGACUCUGCACCGGAUCAGAAUUAGCAAAACUAGAAAUGGCAGUUUUUAUCCACCAUUUAAUCCUCAACUACCACUGGGAAUUAGCCGAUAUGGAUCAAGCUUUUGCCUUCCCCUUCGUUGAUUUUCCAAAAGGCUUACCAAUCAGAGUCCGACACUACGCUUUCAUAUAGUUAAUAAAAGACAAAGAGCCCAUGCAUGAUUAAACGAUAAAAACAGACCCUUCCUUCAGUCUCAGCCAUAGCCUUUCAUGGUGGACAUACAAAAAAAAAAAAAAAAAAAAUCAAGAAGAGACGCCGUGAUUGAGUUCUUGGAUUUUCCGACGGCUUAAUGUAAGUUAUUUUGGCGUUAUUAUGUAAGCUCACAUGAACAGAAAGGAAGACAAAGAAAAUGAAGUACACAAGACAAGAUCCUAGGACCACAUAUUCCUCUUCCUCCCACCACCCCUUAAAUUGUAAAUUUAUUGUCCUCUAGUCCCUCGAUCUAUGUUGGGACUUCGGAGUAAUUGUAGUCAUUUAUAUAUAUAUAUAUAUAUAUAUAUAUAUAUAUUAUAUAUGGUUUUCCUUUAAUUUGACAUACUUUUCUGUAUCAUCCAGAUAUGAUUUGUCUUAUUGCGUUUGAUUGAAAGACAAAGGAGUCCUAAGAAUCUAUAAUAGAAGAUAUGGCAUAGUGAUAGGUCUAUUUAGUACUGUUAAUUUU